AUGGCUCCCGACAAAGCCAGCCGAUCACCUUGCCCGGUUCUCAACGCUCUCGCCAAUCACGGAUACCUGCCUCGAGAUGGCAUGGACAUCACCAUGGACCAGCUCAAGUUCGCCUUUAGCAAAGCGCUCAAUAUCGACGAGAAAGUCACAGUCUCCCUCAGUACACCCGCUCUCACAACUUCGACCACAGGCAACGCGAGUACCGUCAACCUGGCGGACAUGGCCAAGCAUAACGUCAUCGAGCACGACGGAAGUUUAUCUCGUGCGGAUCAGGCUGUUACAGGUAACGCCAACAAGUUCGACGCUACGGUCUGGAACCAAGUCAAGGCUCAAUUCACCGGUCCGACAAUCGACAUCAAGACGAUGGCGAAAGCCCGGAGUAUCAGAAUCAGCGCCGCGAUGGCGGAAAACCCUCAGUUCAACCUGACGCCGGCACAAGUCAAGACUUCCUUUGCUGAGUCUGCCUUUAUCCUGGGUGUCAUGGCUGGCGACUUUAAGGCUCCGAUGGCCCCGACACAAUUCAUGAACAUUAUCUUCGAGCAGGAGCGCUUCCCGUUCAACGAGGGAUUCAAGACAUCGGCCACCAAGGUUACGGGGGAUCAGGUUGAUGCCUUGGGUGCGGCUAUCAUGAAGGCCACUGCAUGA